UCGAAGAGAGCAGAAAAUGAGCUCGAAAUCUCAAGAAAUGUCGAAACUUGUUGCAAACAUGGAUGCAUAUCUUGCGCAGCUGGGCCUGUGCAGGAAAACAAUUGUCAGAGACGGAUCCUGUUUGUUCCGUGCGGUGUCGGAGAAGCUGUUCCUGACACAGUCGUACCAUCUGCGGAUCCGGCAAAUGUGUGCUGAUUAUCUCUGGAGACACCGGGACGAGUUUGAACCUUUUAUUGAAGGUUCCUUUGAAGAAAGAAUAUUUAGAUUACAGAAUUCAAAAGAAUGGGCAGGUCAGGUGGAAAUGAUGGUACUAUCCAGACUCUAUGGUGUGGAUUUCAUAAUCUUCCAACAACCAGAGUGUCCCCCUGCUAAUGUAACACAAAAUAACUUUGUAACAAAGAUAUUGCUGUGUUUUGUUGACGGUGUCCAUUACGACAUUAUCUACCCUAGAUCCUUCGUGCAAGAUGCUGCAAUCUGUCAAUCAAUUCUAUACGAGAUACUUUACCAUGGAGUGUUUGGACUGACGAACGAGUUGGAAGAAGCAGUCCUCUUCAUUAGACAACAGAAGAAAAGCUCGAGAGAGAUACUUGAAAAUGGCUGUUUAUACUUGGAAACCUGCCACAGUGGAGAGAACAACUUUAUUACACGCCAUAUAAGCCGGUCUACGCCACCUCUGCCAUAUCGGAUAGCCAAAGCUCUAGAUCCAGUGUUUUUCCGAAACGUUGAGCUUGAUAUCAUUCAGGAGGAGAAACGAGAGGCAAAGUUAAGAACUCAACAGGGCAAGGACUUCAAUGGUUUUGCACCUGGUGACAAGUGUCAGGUACUGCUGGCUAGCCACACAGACAGGUUGUAUAAUGCCCAUAUACAACACUUGUCAGAGAACCAGGGACCUGUUGAAGUCUUCAUAGAGGAACUUGGAGAAAAGAAAACAGUACCUUAUUCAAGUCUGCGUUCACUACCAGCUGCCCUGAAAAAUAACUGCCUGUUACCCCUGGAAGGGAAGAGUAAGCGAAAGAAAGGGAGUCAGUGUCUAAUGCCAGUUGCCUCUGUGGACCUACCCUCCCAACACUACCACAUCUCACCCAGCAGAUCCCCACUCACACGCUCAGUCUGGACACCCAGGGACAACAGCUGCCGACCGCUUGACAUAGGGCAGAGAAUGCCGAUACCUCAAGCACCUGUUCCUGAGAGUUCUGAGCCUCUAGAGAACGGCGGUGGUGGACAUUACUGCUCUGUACCUGUGUCCUCGUCCUCCAACAACAACUCCCAGGCUCCCCUGCCUAUGACACAACCCCCUGUGUAUCUAGUGCCUGUAGUCAAUGUACCAUAUGCUUCAUCCAUUGGUCAGGUGAACUUCAGUUGGGGACCAUCUCAAGAUCCAUAUGGCAAAGAUUUGCCCCUCUCAGAUAUGAACACACUGCGAUACUUCUUCAACCUUGGUAAUGAGUAUUCAAGAGUGAUCGCCAGUUUCCAGCAAUCCCAGCAGCCAAUAUUGCCACCUCCACCACCGCCACCCAUGAUUGGUCCUGUUGACAUGUCAGCUCAGCCAAUGAUGUCACAUUAUGAUCAGGGCUUUGCUCCCAUUCCUGGCACACCUUCCCAAGGUCAAGGUCAAGUGGUGUACAUGGUAGGCCCUUCGUACCCCACUGCGCCUGUCCAGGCCUUCCAGCCAGGGCUGCCCCCUGUGAACUACAGCGUCGGGGUACCCUGCCCCGCAGCUACACAGUAACGGCAAAAGAAGAUGGAGUCUUCGCUAGUGCUACUCCUAGCUUUCUUAGUGCGCACUGUUAUCAUCCUAAACUCGACAUUUUAUGUUGUCUGGCCGUCUAAUUCCAUAAUUCUUAUUUGGCAAAAGUCUAAAAUUUGGACUGCAAUUUUUACAUUUUUUGCAAAAUAAAUUUAACAUUUUGAGUCAAAAGUUUGAUAUUUUUAGGGCAUGUUUCUGGAAAUGAAACAAGGGCCAGAUUUUAAUGUAUUUAGUUUCUGUAUGGUUAUAAACAUACAAGGAAGUCUAGGUUUUAGGAUAUUAACAGCUACGUAGUGCCAUCAGUUUUAGGCUAAUUGUACUUGGUGUUUAACACUAAUAUUUUUAAGCCAUCUUCAUAGCAUAACAUUAGAGCUUGCCAUUACCAGUCUUCCUGCUGCUUCGGUUGAUUGGGAAGAGUGAAGGAAGAGACUAGUCCAUUAUUGAGUGUUGGAAACAAAAAACAUGGCGUCUGAAGGAGUCCAGGCCUUGUUUGAACAUACAGUCUUGUCGAAAACAUGUAUAAUAUUCUGUGCCAAGAACUGUUGUUGCUGAGUUUGAAACGAAUACGAAGGAACUUUGUUGAAAUGCGCGUGACUGAAUCCGAUUGAUGGUAGUAGUGAAUCCUCACAAACUGACAUGUACCUCUGACUCAAGUGAGCAUUCUGUGUCAUCGAAGUCUUGAACUUCAAGCAGAACAUUUCUGUGAAACGUGUACAUAUUCAAUCCUGGGACAGUUUAAAGUGUGGUAGAAACCAUCACUUCGAAAGGGCACUGCCAAAUGGCUUUUGUGAUGACCACUUCCUUGGCAGUUGAGAUGACAUCACACAGUUCAAGAUGAAAAAACACGAAUUAUUGUCUCAUUAACACACAUUAUGCUUGAUGCGGAUUUACCACAGUAAUAGUCUGAUGGUAGCCAUUGAUAUUUGUAAGACUUCUCAUGUACAUGUACUUUGGUACAAGAAGAAUUACGAUAACCCAGUGCGUGUUGUCACGAAUAUGUUCAUUGUCAUUUCUUGAACGUCAGGAGAUAUUGCCUCCCUUUAGCAUUGUCAACAUUUAAAAAGCAUUUAGUUUGAGUGUUUUGUUAUUUGUCCGAUCAUUAAAGAUAUUUAUUUCCAUGUUUGUAUUGGUUGUACUAACCUUGUAGUACGUUAGUUUUCUCCCCUAAUGGAGCUGAUGAUCAGUCCAGAAAAUCUGUUUAUGUUUCGACAGACUUUUCUGUCAAUUUGGGGAGCAUUAAUUGUGCCCCUUAUGUUUGUUCAGUUGUGUAUACAAAAUAAGUUCAUAUCUUUGAUGUGAAGUUCAAACAGUAUCUCUUCAGUUUAACAGAUAUUGAAAGUUAAAUGUUAUCAAAUAAAUAUAUAUGUAUUUUGUAUGCAAUUUUGAAAUUUAACUUUGUUGAUUGUAGAUUAUGCAGACUUUAAUGAUGUUUGUUAUUAACAUUAAAUGUUAAGCCAUUUCAGAACAUCAACUCCAUUAAUUUGGUUAAUUAAGAGAUUCAGGCACAAAGUUUGAGAAGUCAUACCUUUUCUGUCAUAAAUAUUGAAGAAAGGAUAAGUAUUGUCAUACAGAGUUUGAGCUGUAGACUUGUCCACUUGCUGUUCUCUAAGGAGAGCAUUUUGAAAUUAAUCGAAAAUAGGUGUUUUACUUCUCUGGUUGUGUAUGGAUUGAUGAAGGUACCAGAAUGAUACAUGAGGAAAAACAGUAUGUAUAUAUAAUUAGUCCUCAGGCAAAGCCUUUUGAAAAUUUAGGAAUUGUUAGAUGGGAAACAUUUCUUUAGUAUGAAAAAUCUUGUCACCCAGGAUUCAUGAGUUUUUACUGUGCUUCAAGGAGCAGGAACAUAUUAGGUAUACAAUAAACACAAUU